AUGAGUCAACAAGUUCAAAGAGCUUCGUGUGGGCUUGAUUUAUGUGCUGUGCCAGAAAUAAGAAGCGCUUUAAAGGCAGCUUCUAUGAAUAGAUAUGAAUUUGUGUGCUUACCAUUAGUUCAUUCGAGAUUUAAAAGAGAAUUUUUUGCUUCUUGGAAAAACCGCCCAGGACCAUUUACAAGACCAGAUUUAACUUUACCAAGUAGAGAUUGGAAUUCAUUUAUUGUAGCCAAAAUUUCACCUUACAUAGAUGUAGAUUCCCCAAAUGAAUUCAUUAGACGUCAAUCAGAAUAUGCUUUGGAGCAAGAAUUGGGUUAUGCUUAUCACCUUGGAGUACCUGCUAUUAUGCUAUCCUUAAAAGGUUUGAAUACAUCUAAUCUUGCAAGAAUAUUAUAUAGUAAAGUUUUAGAAAUAACUCAAUAUCAAGUAUGGAUUCAUGUUCCAAUGGUCAGUUUCAAAAUUAGUGCAUCUCAAUGGAGAUCUGAUUAUGAAGAAAAUGGAAAAAAUGUCGAUGAAAUGUGUACUUGGGAAUGGUGGAAUAAAUUCAGAUCAUUAUUAGGUUUUGAGAAAAAAAUUGGAAUUGUUUUGGAAAUGUCAACCGAUUUACCAUCUCAGGAAGAAUGCGAUAGGUGGUUGGGUGAACCCAUAAAAUGUUUGUUAUUAUCUACUUCAACAUUUGUAACCAAUAAAAAGGGUUAUCCAAUAUUAUCAAAAGCUCACCAAGCUUUUGUUAAAUCAUUGGUUCCACUCAGUGUUCAGGUUAUAAUAAAAGGCCAUACUAAACAUGAUAAUUUGGGGUUUUAUCAAAAAUACAUAGAUCAUUUAUGGCAGGAUGUACAAUAUCAAAAUGAUCCACUCUCUUACUUUGGUAGAGGUUAUGAAGACUGCCUUCAAUGUCCGUUGCAGCCUCUCAUGGAUAAUUUAGAGUCUCACACAUAUGAGGUGUUUGAAAAGGAUCCAGUAAAGUACAAUGAAUACUUGAGAGCUAUUUAUUAUGCUUUGAUAGAUAACAUAAGUUCGGAAGAAAAAGAAACAAAAAUUUUGACUGUAAUGGUAGUAGGGGCGGGUAGAGGACCUUUGGUUACAGCAGCUUUAAAUGCUGCACACAGAGCGGAUAGAAAAAUCAAAGUGUAUGCAAUUGAAAAAAAUCCAAAUGCUGUGGUUACGCUAGAAGCACAAAAAGAAGAAAUUUGGAAAGAUUCUGUAACGGUCGUAUCAAUAGAUAUGAGAAAAUUUGAUCCUCCAGAAAAGGCUGAUAUUUUAGUAUCCGAAUUACUCGGUUCUUUUGGGGAUAAUGAAUUAUCUCCUGAAUGUUUAGACGGGGCUCAAAAAUUUUUAAAAAAAGGUGGAAUUUCAAUUCCCCAGAGCUACACAUCAUACAUUUGCCCAGUUCAAACAUCUAAAUUGUACAAUGAAGUUCGUUUAAUAAAAUUAAAAGAUUCUCAUAUUUUAGCACAGUUUGAAACACCUUAUGUUGUUUUACAAAAAAAUAAAUACAUAAUAGCAAAAAAUCAAGCCCUUUUCACAUUUCAUCAUCCUAAUUACGAUGAUCCCAUAGACAAUACUAGGUAUAAAAUAUUAAAUUUUAAAGUUGAACAAGAUUGCGUUUUACACGGGUUUUCAGGUUGUUUUGAAACAAUUUUAUAUAAGGAUAUAUCUUUAAGUAUCGUACCUGAAACAUAUUCUCAAGGAAUGUUCAGCUGGUUUCCAAUAUUUUUCCCUAUAUCUGAACCUGUUCAAUUGAAAAAAGGAAACGAAAUAGAAUUACAUUUUUGGAGAGCUGUUAGUAAAACCAAUGUGUGGUACGAAUGGACAAUUACUAAACCGGUUCCUUUACACAUUCAUAAUCCAAACGGCAGAUCAUAUAAAAUUGGAUUAUGA